AUGCGAUUUAUUUUAUCUCUAUUAUCAAAACAAUUAUAUGGAACUUACGACAAAAAAGUUUUAUUUCAAUCGAUUGAAAGAAAAUUUCACUAUCUAUUCACUACUUUGCCAUAUUCUGGAAUUUCAUCGCGAUUUCAAUCGUCUAACGCAAAAGUAAACGAAAAAUUUUCAUCAAAUAAUUCACGCAAAUUAAAUUGUGAUAUAUUUAUAUUAACCAAAGACGGUGCAUUACAAGUUCAUCGAGGCCCAUUUGAUCGUGCACAAGUGUGUCAACAAUAUGGCCUUGAACCAAGAGAUUUACAAAAGAUUGAUACUGAUAUCAUUACUAAUGUUCCAAUAAUCGACGUACGUCAAAGUCGAUUUAUUUGUUUUUCGUUUCGAAGACUUCGAAGUUUGGUUCAACUAGAUCGAAGUAUAUUUUUCGUACCGUCUGCAGAAAAAAUUCUUCGACGAUCAUCUGGAACAAAAGAUACUAUUGAUUGGGAACGUAUUGCUCGAGCUUAUCAAGGAAAUAUCAGAUAUGCCCAUGAACUUUAUAAUAAACGAUUUACUACUGAUCAAUUGAACAGUAUUGAUUCGAUGCCAUUUGAAUUUCGAAUUACUGAAAUUAAUUUAGAAACUGUUGCUCAUCAAUUAGAAUUAAAAACAACUGGGCUUUUAAAUGAAUUUCAACAGAUUCGUGAGCAAGCUUACACUCGUAUUACUCUUGGAAGUUUACGUGAACUUGCUUUACUGAAAGAAAAAGUGGAUAAAUAUAAACGACAUGCUGAUCUUGCACAUGAAGCAAUUCUUGAGGUUCUUGCUCACAACGAAGACAUGAUCGGAAUGUAUCUUACUGAUAAUCGCAAACGAGAUAUAGCUGAUCAUACUCAAGUAGAAUUGUUACUUGAAGCAUGCACCAAAGAAAUGGCCGAAGUACGUCGUUCAAUGUCUGAUCUGUCGGAUUCAGUUCGAACAAUUGAAAGUGCGAUUGGUUUUAUUCUUAAUGCUGUUCUAAACGAACUUCUUACAUUUGAAAUUAAAAUCAAUAUUCUAAUGAUGGGAUUUGGAAUAGGUGCUUUUAUUACAGGAAUAUAUGGAAUGAAUUUAGUAAAUGGUAUUGAACAAGCUCCAUAUGCGUUCUAUGCUGUCGCUGGGUCAGGAUUUUGUUUUCUGAGUGGAUUCAUUAGUAUUGUGGUAGUAGACUUGUCCUACGGACUUAAUAAUGGUCUUGGAAAAACUCCUCAGAUGGGUUGGAAUAGUUGGUAUAAUUUUUGGUGUAACUAUACAGAAAAAAUGAUACAAGAUACAGUUGAUGUAAUUAUAAAUAGUGGUCUGGCUGCGGCUGGCUAUGAAUACAUCAACUUAGAUGAUUGUUGGCAAGUUGAUCGUGACACUAACGGUACCAUUCAAGUUGAUCCAAAAGCAUUUCCGAAUGGUAUGCGAGUUCUAGUUGACUAUGUGCAUUCUCAUGGACUGAAAUUUGGUUUAUACUCAGAUGCUGGAUAUAAGACAUGUGCUGGUAGGCCUGGUUCGUUAGGUUAUGAAAAAGAAGAUGCAGCUACAUAUGCCUUGUGGGGUGUAGAUUUUUUAAAGUAUGAUAAUUGUAAUACAGAUGGUACUAAACCAGAAGUAAGAUAUCCGAUUAUGCGCGAUGCAUUAAAUGCUACCGGAAGACCAAUUUUUUACUCAUUGUGUGAAUGGGGCGUUGACACACCGGCCCUGUGGGCUGCAGAUGUUGGUAAUAGUUGGCGAACAGCAGGAGAUAUUUCAGAUACGUGGGAGUCAAUGAUAAGCACUAUGGAUAUAAACAAUCAAUUUGCAGAUGCAGCAGGACCUGGUGGUUGGAAUGAUCCUGAUAUGUUACGAAUAGGCAAUGGUGGUAUGACAACCACUGAAUAUAUCUCUUAUUUUUCUCUUUGGGCUAUCAGCAAAGCUCCACUUCUGAUUGGUGGUGAUGUGAGAACAAUGAGUCGAGAUAUUCUUAAUAUCUAUUUAAAUUCUGAAGUGAUCGCCAUCAAUCAAGAUCCGUUAGGCGUACAAGGUAAGAAAAUUGUUAUUUCUUCGUAUCAAGACCCAAAUUCUUCAAAUAUGGUACUGGCAAGCGAAUGUUCCUCACAGAAAAGCAUACAAGAACAUCAAAAAUGGACAUACGAUCCACAUGAUAGUAAACUUCGAUCAAAUAUUGAUGGGCAGUGUUUAACAAUUGAAAAAUCUAAUAGUUCCAGCGACAUGUAUAAUCUCAUUGCCACUUCGUGUUACAACGCGAAUUCGAAAGAGCUAUAUCAAAAGUGGAUAGUAAACAAUAACGAUCAAACAAUUGUUUCUCAACUCAAUGGAAUAUGUUUGAACGUGAACGGCAGAAAUAAUCGUUUUGUAACUGUUUCUUCGUGUAAUCAACGAGAUAGGCAAGCAUGGAUAUGGAAUAAAACAGAUGGUUCAGUGAGAAACAUCGAAAAUGGCCCAUGCUUGACUGUUCAACAAAAGAUUGAAAUAUGGGCGGGUCCACUAGUCGAUCAAUCUCAAGCUGUUCUAUUGCUCAAUCGCAACAGUACUAAUAGCGAAGUAAUCACAGUCAAGUGGACCGAUUUGGGUUGGUCGGCUAAUCGAUGGGCUCUAGUACGUGACUUAUGGGCUCAGAGGGAUAUUGGCAUGUUCUACGGUAGUUAUACAUCACCAAACAUUGAAUCACAUGCAGUUCAAAUGCUUAAGAUUACACCUAAUAAUUAA